AUGAAUACCGUACAAUUUCCAUUUCAGAUACCAGAGCGAUCGCAAAAAUUCCUCCCCCCAAGCGAAACUCACAACGCAGUACCCAGCGUAAGUGUGCGUCGCACGCCAUUGGUUACGUUUUCGAGGCUGGAGCUAGAAGUAGAUACUGAAACCUUCCACAAUGGCAAGGCGAGGCUGUCUUGUGUCGCUAACAUAUUCCAUCUCUACAAGAGGGAAAAGGAUGUGAUCCUCGAGGAAGAAAGGCCCAGACCAAGGCCGUCGUCUGUUCUAGGGAUCAGAGAUAUCAUGGGAGAUGAAGAUUUCGUGACUGACCGACCUAAGCUCGACACUAAUAUAUCACUAUUGGACUUCAGUCAUAAUGCAGAAUCACGGCUCCAAGAAAUAGCACACCCUGAAUUGCAUCAGUUGGAUUAUAAAAUGGAAGCCCCAUCCCAGGUAUUGAGCCACGUCCAGCAAUAA